AUGUUGCUGGCCAACAUUGGCCUUGCAAGUGGUUUGGCUGACUUGCGACUGAUCUCUUACAACAUCCGCUAUGCCACAACAUUACUAUCAACUAAUGAGGAGCCAUGGGCUGCUCGUCGGCCUUUGAUGGCCUCGCAGGUCAAUUUCGAAACCACCAAUUGCCCAGAAGCCUUGAUCUGCAUGCAAGAGGUAUUGAAUGAGCAACUCGUCGACCUCCAGUCGGAUCUUGGAAGCAAUUGGAACCAUGUUGGGGUUGGUCGGAAUGAUGGUGCGCAAAAUGGAGAGUAUUCACCCAUUAUCUACCAAGCAGACACCUGGCAACUGGAUAGAAACAAGACGUACUGGCUCAGCCAGACGCCCCACGUGUUCAAGCAUCGCACAACAGGUGUGCCUCUGGUAUUCAUGUGCACGCACUUUGACCAUAUAGGGACGGUUGCCCGGAAUGAGAGCGCCAAGUUGAUCAUCAAGAUAUCUGAUGAGUGGAUGGUCCAAGGCUCCAACUCAACGAAGCCCGCUCCUGUGUUUCUGGGCGGUGACUUGAACCUUGAGCCUACAGAGGAGGGAUACCAGACUUUAACUACCCCAGGCGCUUUCCAGGACAUCAAAGAUCUCGUCCCCAAGACACACUGGUACGGCAACGCCAAAACAUCGACCAGCUUUACCACAUCGACUUUGGACGACAUCCGUAUUGAUUACCUGUUCGUGCGCAAUCCUCUUGGCACCCAAUUCUCGACGUAUGGAGUCUUGACCAACAAAUUCGAGGAUCGGGUGUAUAUUUCGGAUCAUAGGCCAGUAGUGGUGGACGCAGAAAUGCUGGCAUGA